AGAUCUGAACUCAGUCAGACGACGGACCCGAAGAUAGAAUGACUUGGAUCGCUUUGCUCAUCGUUUGCCUCGCGGCAAUUGCUGUCCAGGGGGAAGUACCCAUAGUGAUGAGGGCCGAAUGGAACGCCCGACCUCCGAGUGGACCCAUGGACAGUAUGGAGACUCCCUUGCCCAGAGCUGUGAUCGCCCAUACAGCCGGCGGGGGGUGUGCGGGUGAUGUCGCCUGUUCCCAGCAAAUGCGAAAUCUGCAAAACUUCCAGAUGUCCAGGCAGAAGUUCUCCGAUAUAGGGUAUCACUACCUGAUCGGAGGUAAUGGCAAGGUGUACGAGGGCAGGAGUCCAAGCCAAAGGGGAGCUUUCGCUGGACCCAACAACGAUGGAUCGUUGGGCAUUGCUUUCAUUGGUAACUUCGAGGAACAGGCGCCCAGUCAGGAGGCCCUGGAUGCCGCCAAGCAGCUCCUCGAACACGCUGUGAAACAGGCUCAGCUUGUGGAGAACUACAAGCUAUUGGGUCAUCGCCAAGUCAGUGCCACCCGGAGUCCCGGAGAAGCACUCUACACCCUCAUUCAACAAUGGCCCAACUGGUCUGAACAAAUAUAAGAUAUACAAUGCAUUCCGUAAGGUUUCGACACGUAAAGACCACUCCUUACACAUUUAUUUGUAAAUAUAAUUAUGUAUAAUUUGUUUUUUUGCUUAAAUACGAAUACUAAAAUUUUAA